ACAGCUACGUAUAAUCGUACCUGUCAGUCAAAGGACAUUUAAAUGGCCACACUGUACAGAGUCGUGUACAUUACACCGCCGUAAUAACACUAUUACGGUGAUAUUUUGGCAAGCAGCUACAUAAACACCGUCUAUUUUUCUUGUCUGGGCUGCUUUCUAUCCCCCGAACCGGGAUUUUGUUUGCUAAGUUUGUCCAGAAAGACAGAAAUGAGCGACGAGGACGACUUUUUGCAGAAAGCCCGAACCGGGUUUGAAGAUCUCUGUCGGGCGCUGAAUAUGGACGAAGAGGCGAGCAACGAAGCAUGGAAAACCUACGAAAACAUGAGCAGAAAUUUUACAUUAGAGGGCAGUGAGCUGCACUGGUUGGCCUGUGCUCUCUAUGUGGCCUGCAGGUCCUCUGUGCCCACAGUGGGUAAAGGCACCACCGAGGGCAACUACGUGUCUCUGACCAGAAUCCUACGCUGCUCACAAAUGAGCCUGAUUGAGUUUUUCAGUAAGAUGAGGAAGUGGCAGGACAUGGCCAACCUGCCGCAGGAUUUCCGUCAGAGCACCGAGAAGCUGGAGAGGAACUUCACUGUGUCGGCAGUCAUCUUUAAGAAGUACGUUCCCAUCUUUAAAGCCAUCUUCAGAGCCCCGUCAGAGGAGGCGCCCAGAGUCCACCGCAGCCGCAAACAAAGACGCCAUCCCUGCACUGUGACCGAGGUCUUCAACUUCUGCUGGGUCUUGUUUGUCCAUGCUAAAGGGAACUUCCCCAUGAUCAGUGAUGACCUGGUGAACUCGUAUCAUCUGCUGCUGUGCGCUCUCGACCUCGUCUUCACCAAUGCUCUACUGUGCAAUGCCAGGAAAGACCUGCUCAACCCAAACUUCAAAGGUCUGCCAGAGGACUUCAGCAGUAAAGACUUCAGACCGUCCCCAAGUCCACACUGCUUCAUAGAGCAGCUGUGUGAGCUGCAUUACGGGGUGGCGCUGGAGGCCAAAGGAGUCAAAGAGCACUUCUGGAAACCCUUCAUCAAGAAACUCUUCCACAAGAAGAUUCUCAGAGGAAAAGAAGACAGUCUGACCGGCUUUCUGGAUCCCAUGAACUUCGGAGACAGUUUCUCGUCUCUCAGUCGGGUGUAUGAGGAGCAUGUCCUGGCCUCUGGCAGUCUGGAUGAGAGGAUCUUCAUUGGAGAGGGGGCAAAUGAGGACAUCGGCACCCCACGGCCCUGCCUGUUUGAGGUGGUGGACAACCAGGACAUCGCCACCUACAGGCUUUACACCAACGUCACUGCAUCAGCCCUGAAGGUUUCCACUCCUCUGACAGGGAGGAAGUUCAUCCACGAAAACAGCCUGGCGUGUCCGGUGUCGUCUGCCAUGGAGAGUGUCGGACGUCUCCACACUCUGCUCUCAGGAACCAAACAGGGGCCGAGCACUAAACUAACAGAGACUCUCAGGACCUGUGCCAGAGACCCCAGUGAUGUCAUCAGUAAGCGCCUGAAGGACAUGUAUGAGCGCUUCUCUGAGCAUUAUGAGGGCAGCGGUGCAGAGAACAGGGGCAUGGGGAAAGCAGACAUGGCAGUGAAGUAUUUCCACCUGGCAGAGGCGCUGUACUACAGGAUCUUGGAGUCCAUCAUAGAGAGAGAAAAGAUGAUACUGGGAGAUGCUGACCUGUCUUGUAUUCUGGAGCAGGACAUCUUCCAUCGCUCCCUGCUGGCCUGCUGUUUGGAGAUUGUCAUCUUCUCCUACAGGCCUCCAGGAGAUUUCCCAAAUGUGAUCAACAUCUUCCAGCUCCCUGCCUAUCACUUCUACAAGGUGAUCGAGGUGCUGGUGCGGUCGGAGCAGGGUCUGUUUCGGGAGGUGGUGAAACACCUAAACCAGGUGGAAGAGCAGGUUCUGGACAGUCUGGCCUGGACCAGUGACUCCUGGCUGUGGGAGAGUCUCCACGGGGCCAAAGACCACGUCCCAACCUGCCAGGAGGUGAUGCCUCCUCAGCAUCUGGAGCCAAACGAUGAAGGCAGCACAGGCAGCGUCCCCCUCACACCCAUCAGCCACGGCCCCGACCUCAACACCAGCAGCACGCUCAAAGGUGUGUCCCCCUCCCCCACCACCCUGUUCAACCGUUACAGCUAAAAAGGCGCCCCGGCUCCCCGCCGUCUGUUUGUCGACCCAGCGGAUGGUGACCCCGGAGUAACCUCCACCAGUUCCACCAGUAGCCCCAGUGCAACACCUGCCAACGUGACCAAGAGCAGCCAAGCCAGCAUAGUCGCAGCCAUCCCAGCUGGGCAGACCGUGGUCACCAUGGCAACCGCCACAGUGACCGCGAACAACGGGCAGACAGUCACCAUACCUGUGCAGGGUAUAGCCAAUGAGAGCGGAGGAAUCACCUACCAAAAAAUCACAGGACAGGGUGCAGCCACACUGCAGCCGCUGUCCGCACAGGCUCUGACCGGCACGCUCACCGUCCAGGCAGCCGCCGCCAAACCAGUCGGCAAACCAGCCAGCAAACCAGUCAGCAGUCCACUGAGGAAAGGCUCUCUGUCGCUGUUCUUCAGGAAGGUGUAUCACCUGGCCAGCGUGCGUCUCAGAGACCUUUGUGCCAAACUGGACAUCUCGUCAGAGCUGAGGAGGAAGAUCUGGACGUGUUUUGAAUAUUCUCUGGUCCACUGUACUGAGCUGAUGAUGGACCGCCACCUGGACCAGCUCCUCAUGUGUGCUGUCUAUGUCAUGGCAAAGGUGACCAAAGAGGACAAGUCAUUCCAGAAUAUUAUGAAAUGUUACCGCACUCAGCCUCAGGCCAGCAGCCACGUCUACAGGAGUGUGUUGAUCUCAGGGCGGAGGAGGUGUCACUCUGGCAGCAACAGACGGAAGCCAUCUACUGACACCAGCCAGGACCCAGCAGGUGGAGACAUCAGUCCAGUGUCUGUUCGCUCCAGCAGCACCCUGCCAGCCCCCCAGCCUGGCAGUGCUCCCUCCACACCCACCAACACCUCCAACAAGGCCUCCUCCUCCUCCUCCUCCAGUGUGGGUGGUGAUGAAGAGGAGCGAGGAGAUCUGAUUCACUUCUACAACAACGUUUACAUCAAACAGAUGAGACACUUCGCUCUGAGAUACUCGCCAAGCUCAGCCUCUGCAGGGGUGGAGUCCCCCCCUCUGUGUCCAUACCCCACCCUGAGGACUGGGUCACCUCGGCGGAUGCUUCUGUCCAGCAAGCACACCAUUUACAUCUCACCUCACAAAUCAAGCUCCACCCCCACACCAACUACCCCCCGAGACAAGAUUUUUUACUACAUCUGCAGCAGCCCCCCCAACCGGCUCCAGGAGAUCAACAGUAUGAUCCGGACCGGAGAGACUCCCACUAGGAAGCGCAGCUUGCCUCUGGAGGAGGAAACAUCACCUAAGAGGGUUUGUCCUGACAACCACUCUGCCCUGCUGCGCCGCCUGCAGGACGUCGCCAACGACCGCAGCUCCUCCCACUGAAAGUACACACACAUCCUGGACCAUCAUGCACAUGUGAAGAGAUCAGACUUUUUAGAGGCUCUUUGGUGAUUUUAAGGUUCAUAUGCAGCAGUGUCACACAGCCGGGUCAGAUCCAUUCAGACCAACUGAAACCACAGGUUUCUCUCAAGUCUUUGCUCUGGUCUGAACAUGUCAGAUCAUGUCAUCAGAUAAACAUCAUUGGCCCGUGGCUGUGGUCACUGUUGGAAAUUACAGCACUCUUUAAAUUCAGGAAAUCCCAAAUUACAGGCAAAACAUACCCCGGUCAGCCACAACACUGAAACCAGCUGCCUAACAUUGUCUAUGUCCCCCUGGUGCUGCCGAACAGCUCUGACCCGUCAAGGCCUGGACUCCACAGACGCCUCCAGCUACAUCCCCUGAAACAAAAUCUACAAAUUCCAUUCUUAUAAAGUUUUCUCAUGUUGAACUGUCAGUGUGUCUUUUGACUAAGGCACAGAAUAUCCCUUUAAAAUGGCGGCAGCCCGCCAUGCCCCACAGUGUCAGGCCAGGUUUGAACCAAUAAUCAGUGAGAAGGAGGUGAUCAACAGUGAAACCUGUCUCAUUUCCAUGUUCUUGUGUGUAAACAUCGUUAUUCCAUUUAGCCUCUGAUACAGAAGUGGGUUUUAUUGUCCAGCGCCGUGUCCUCACACGGCACUGGCGCACUUUGUGGCUCCGUUUUUAUGCUCUGUUUUGUGAACUUGUAUCUCUUGAAAUUACUUACUGAUAGUUUCUAUGGACUGUGCGAUACAACAACUAUGAUUUGAUUUGAUUCCCAUCUUGUUCAACUAGGAGUUUCAUUUCAAAAACCAUGUUUAUCCAUCGUGGGCGAGGUUCCUCCCUGACCUCUGUCAUUCAUCAAAUAAGGUUGAUUGUGCUUUUUAUCAUCACACCAGCAAGUAUUUUGUCACAAUUGAAAAAAGUUAAAUCUCAUUCAGCAGUAAAACUCCGUUUAUUGCCUCAAUAGAUGUCAUUCUUCUGUUGUCAUGCAGCCGUGUUGCUGUCAACCGUCACUACUGUCAUGAAGACAGAUGUGUAAAUAUUUGUAAAAAAAAAAAAAAGUCAGAAGAGACCUUAUUUUAUGGAGGCUGAUGUAAGUUAAGUGCCUUUGUUUUUUAUCCUGGAAUGUUCUCUUUCUUGUAAACAAACAAACCUGAUGUAAUAAAAUGUUGAAACUGACCCAGAUGUUUCUGUGCCGCCGCUCAAAUCUCAGGAGGUCAUAACAAACACACACGGGAACUGUGUGACUUCCUCAUCCCUCCACUCAGUAGCCGCUCUGGAGGAGCUGCUGGUGACCAUUAACACACACGGAGAGACAAGGUUUUGUCGAGCUGAGUUCACGUUGUGAACUGUGGACUUUAUUCAGACAAUACUGACAGAGCUGUAAAACACGCAGCUGGUGAUGUCUAUUUACUGACAAUGGUAAAAGUAAACCACAGCAGCUCUGACAAACAACAAGAGACUGACACCAUUUGUUUGUCUGCUGCAGUGACACGUGUUUCCAAAUGGAAAUGUCAAAAGUUGUCUGUUAAUAAACUUUUAAUAGAUGAUCAUCAUCCAAGCUGCAGUCAUGAGCUCCAUGUGCAGGUGUUUUAGACUCUCCAGCAGAACCCACUCACAACUUUGCCUUUUACCCAUGUGAAUGGUUAAGCCUCACUACAGUGAGUCAGACAGGUCCAAGGAAUUGGUUGGGCCACGUGGUCUGGUGGUUAGGAGUCCUGGUUUUCCCCCGAGUCUUUUACUGCAUGUGAUAAUUCACACUCGGGGAGUAGAAAUGAAGGGACAGUCAUUACAGGAUGAUUAGUUAAAACAUUUCAAAAUACACCUGCACUUUUUUGCACUUUGUGACUUUCAGUCGAAUAAAACACUAUUUAUCCAGUCCUAUAUUUCGCCAUUGAAGAUUUCUUAAAAAGUCUUAAAACAUCGUCCCGUGACCCUAAAAACAAGUGAACGUUCAGACUGCGUGGGAGAAAACAUCCCGCCUUUGAAACUGUUUGAAA